AUGGGCAACGUUUUGUUUAACUAUUUAGGUAACGGUGUGAGCGAAGAUCUCCGGGAGGAAAUCGCCCGUCUCGGUAAGUUUCAGACUGGAUUCCAAUCAAGAUGCAUUAUGAAGCGGUCCUUAAUUUUUUUUAGUCAUAAGAUCCAAUGCCUCUUUCAACUAAUCGUGCAAAAUACGUACUGACAUCUCAAUCCGUGAUGUUGAACCAACUGACCGAAGUAAACAUUAAUUGAUGUGUUCAGUCUCAAUGUGAGAAAACGCACAAAAAGACUGCUCUUUGUCAGGAUGUUCUCGCCCUAACUUUGAGCAGCGUUGUUCUCACCCUCAACUGUUACUGGCCUUCCAUUUUCAAGUCCUUUUGAAAAGGCUUUGUGAAAUCAAACUGAGUAAACUUUGCAUUAUUCACAGAAAAUUAAACAAAUAUUAACGCGUUCGUUUUCGUGUUUACAGGCAAGGCGUAUGAUGCCGAUGAUUCGAUUCAGUUGACACCCACUCUUCAAAUGGCAGAUACGAGUCGAAACGUCAAUCGUGUAAAAGACCUGCCAAAGGAUCAAGUCUACGAAGGGGUGCAGAAUCCGUAUGUGUUAGUGAUAAACAACGUGAACUUUAAAGACGACCCAAUACCAAGGAAUGGAGCCGAACACGAUCUUGAAAACGUGGAAACAUUUUUACGAGAAGCUGGUUUCGAGUCUGUGGAGAAGCGUUGCGAUCUGGAAAAAAAAGAGAUGAUGGCAGCUUUUGACGAAACUCGAAAAAGUAUUGAAUCAGGUAAGUGGCUUUACACCGAAUUUCUACCUGUUUUGCUCUCAGCGAUGGAAGCUGAUCCGAUGAGCGUCUACUCCAUUGCCUUUGUUUGGUCUUGUCACGCAACAUGCUCUCCUUAAAAUGGAAAGGAGAUCAUUGUACGAGGUUCAGUCACUUAUCGCCGUCGAAGCCCUACAGCACAUGCUCUCUCCGCCCUCAAAGGACGAGAGCAAAUGACAAAGUUAUCUUUUAAUUCGGGCUCCUGUUUUAUAAGGUCUGGUAUGUAAAUAAUAAGAAGAGCUGUUACAAAUUCAAUUCUAAUCGAAUAAUUUCAUUGCACAGGUAAACAUGACGGCCUCAUAUGCAUUAUCAUGAGUCACGGCGAUGACAAAGGAAUCAAGUGCACGAACGGUGAAACCAUUCCAGUUGACGAAAUAACCUCUAAAUUCCGUGGUAGCGAUGAAUCGUGUCCACAGCUAGCGGGAAAACCUAAACUAUUCUUCCUUCAAGCAUGCAGAGGAAUAGUCGACGAUAGAGGGUAUUUGCAUCGAUCCAGUUGGCAAGAAGACGAUGUUGUUGCUGAUAGCUUUUCUUCUGAGAGAACGUCUCUGACGCUUCCUUCUGAUGCAGAUUUUUUGAUUAGUUACUCUACCACCACGGGUUACAAGUCAUACAGGAGGUUCACCAUGGCCACAGCAGGUGCACCACCCAGUGAAACGCUCGGCUCCUGGUUCAUCUUCACAUUAAUGAGAGUUCUACGAGAAAAUUCACACAAGGACGACUUGAUGACAAUGCUGACUAAGGUGAAUCAAGAAAUGAUUAAAUAUGCGACAGGUAAAGGCUGCAAGCAGAUUCCAAGCCAUGUCUCCAUGCUCACACGAAAGGUCUUCUUCACAAAUUUUUUUAAUAAGACAUUUUAAUUUAACUAUAAAAAACAAACAUCUCUUUAACGUUCC